GUCCCGUGGCCCUGCUACAAGCUGGCUCCCUCCGCUCUGGGAGUGUUUCCCAUUUAAACAAACACGGUCUUGCCGAAGAUGGCGGAGAGUUUGUAGAGGCGUAAAAGAAACUGCUGUACUCAAUGAAAGCGUCGAAGCCGGAGAUGUGGAGACACUGAAGUGACACUAGAACCCUGAAUGGAGUUUGACUGGGGCUUGUACUGGCCAAGGUGCUGAUAUGCGCUGAAGAUGAGUGGCGUAGGAGACAACUCAUUGGAGCCACUGUGCUCCGACCGCAAACGUAAACUGUCCACCUGUGACACACCAGGCUUAGGGUGUGACAAGCGUCGGAGGGAACAGGAGAGCAAGUACAUUGAGGAGCUGGCUGAGCUGAUCUCUGCCAACCUUUCGAACAUUGACAGCUUUAACGUCAAGCCUGACAAAUGUGCCAUCCUGAAGGAGACCGUGAGGCAGAUCAGACAAAUCAAAGAGCAAGGAAAGAGCUCUUGCAGCGAUGACGAUGUUCAAAAGGCGGAUGUGUCCUCCACUGGUCAAGGGGUCAUUGACAAGGACCAUCUGGGGCCGCUGCUCUUACAGGCCUUGGAUGGUUUUCUCUUUGUGGUUAACCGCGAGGGCAGCAUUGUAUUUGUGUCAGACAAUGUGACGCAGUACCUGCAGUACAAGCAGGAGGAGCUGAUCAACACCAGUGUUUACAACAUCAUCCACGACGAGGACAGAGAGGAGUUCCACAAAAAUCUCCCCAAGUCCAAUGCGGCCAAUGGAGCAUCAUGGAGUGGAGAGGCACCUGGUCAGAAAAGUCACACCUUCAACUGUCGUAUGCUGGUGAACUUUGUUCAUGGUCAGAGUCACGGGUUGUCAGAAGAGCGGCCCGGAGGCCAGCGCUAUGAGACCAUGCAGUGUUUUGCCCUCACCCAGCCUCGGGCCAUGAUGGAGGAGGGAGAUGAUUUGCAGUCAUGUAUGAUCUGUGUGGCACGACGCAUCACUGCAGUAGAGAGGACAGAGAGGUUCAGCACCCGCCAUGAGCUGUCCGGCAAACUGAUUGAAAUUGAACAGCAGAGCUCUCUUCACACCACGAUGCGUCCAGGCUAUGAGGACCUGGUGAGGCGCUGCAUGCAGAUGUUCCUCAAUCGCAGUGAAGGUCAACCCUGGUCCUUCAAACGUCACUAUCAAGAUGCUUUCCAUAACGGUCACGCAGAGACGCCACUCUACCGCUUCUCGCUCGCUGAUGGAACCCCAGUCACAGCACAGACGAGGAGUGACCUCUGCAGGAAUCCUAACACAAAUGAACCACACUCUUUCCUGUCCACACACUUGCUGCAAAGGGAGCACAAUGGUUAUCGUGGGAAUCAGGGUGGUGGCAUGAGGCCUCAAAAUAUGGGUGUGAACAACCCCAACCAGCAAAUGAACAUGGGCCCAGGAGGUGGCAUGGGCAUGAACAGGGGCUACGGCAUGGCUGAACAGGGCAACAUGCAACAAAGAGGAGGGCCUCCGUACACCGGGGGAAACCGCAUAAAUCCCAUGAACCAGAUUAAUCAAAUGAAUCCCAUGCAUCAGAUGAAUCAGAUGAAUUCCAUGCACCAGAUGAACAACAUGGGUCAAAUGAAUCAGAUGAAUCAAAUGAAUUCCAUGCACCAGAUGAACUCAAUGAACCAAAUGGGAUCCAUGAACCAGAUGAAUCAGGUGGGACAUCACAGCAUGCAUCAGCAGCAGCACCAGCAUCAGCAGAUGGGUCAGUUCCACGGAAGCGGAGGUGGACCUGGAGGUGGAGGAUACGGUAUGGGAAUGACCAGCCCUCCUCAGGCCAGUCCAGGGAUCAACGGUCCUCCACACAAUGUCAUGGGUUCACCCAGAGUCCGAGGAAGUCCCAAGACGAGUGCCAGCCCCUUCUCUCCCGGAGGUAUGAACUCCCCCCUGAGCUCCACGAAUGCUGGCAGCUCUGGAGGAGGAGGAACCAGCUUCUCCAGCAGCUCGUUGAAUGCCCUCCAAGCCAUCAGUGAGGGAGUGGGCAACCCAAUGCCCUCCCCGCUCACCUCUCCUCCUCCUCCUCACAAGCCUGACAGCUCCCCAAGCAUCAACUCUACCAAUCAAGCUGCAGGAGGACCCUGUAAACCAGGCCCCCCAGCCUACUGUGACUCCAAGAGCCCCGGCAGCUCACUGGGGGCUGGUGGAGAGCAGCCGUCUCAGCAGCCUCCACACACCCCUACCAGUGAGGGUCCUCCUGACAAACCAGACAGCCAGGCCAGCAGAGAGGCAGGUCUGGGUGGAGGAGAAUCCAGCCGACGGGUUCCUGACAGUAAGUACCACAAGAAGCUUCUGCAGCUACUCACCUCCCCUACAGAUGAGCUGGUGCCGGCCAAUCACCCGCCGAGCUCUGGGCCGAGCUCCACGCCUGAGGCUAAGGAUGGAACAGCUGGGGUCACCAGUCCCUCCUCCUCAACUGGGGUCUCCUCCUCCACAAGCGGGAACCAUGGCUCUGUCUCCUCCUCUGGUGGCACAGGACAUUUACAAAGUCAGUCUCUGCAGGAGAAGCACAAAAUCCUCCACAAGCUCUUGCAGAAUGGGAACACUCCUGAUGAAGUGGCUCGCAUCACAGCUGAGGCCACAGGGAAGAGCAGCUUGGACUCAGGGGCACCAGAGCCAGGGCCUGCAGCCGCUGGAGGGGUUAGGGGAUCAGAAUCAAAGCAGGAGCAGAACAGUACCAAGAAGGAGAAAGCACGCGCCCUCCUUCAGUACCUCCUCAAUAAAGACGACUCUAAAGACGUUGGUGACAUGAAGCCAAAGCUGGAGGAUUUGGAUGGGAGAGGAGCUCAGGGUCCAGGAGUCACCAGCUCAAACCCCCACUGCAUGGACAGCAAGGUCAAGCUGGAGCCAUCUGAUGAGACGGAAACCCUGGAGACCAUUCUGGGUGUCCCAAGGAACAACUCUGGCUUCUACCCUGAACCAGACUCCAGAGCUGGAAAGGAAGUGGGAAACAAACAGGGAGCUAUUUCUGACAGUUUACAUGAUGGGGAGAGAGGUCCGGUGCUUCCAGCUCAGCGUGGUGCCUAUCAGAGAGCUUUGUCCAUGGAUGCUAAGCCCAUGGGCGGAGAGGGAGCAGUAGGAGGUGGGCUGGCUACAAGAAGAAAUGUCCCCUGUCCCACACUGGUCAAACAAGAGAUGAUUGAUGCUCCUCUUCGACCUGGACCUAUGCCCAAUGGCUUUCAUGGAGGCAUGGGUGUGUGUCCACCCCGGGCCAAUCCAACAAGAGGUAUGGUCAGAGGUAUGGGUAUUCAUCAGCGCCCUCCCAUGGCAGGGCCAGGGGAGUGGGGGAUGCCGAGGUCUGGCAGCAGCCCUGUAGCUGGACCAGGAAACCCCGGCAUGAUUCGCUCUGGGCCAGUGGGAGGACCCAUGAUCAAUCGCUCCAACAGUGCACCUGGAAACACCAGGUCAAUGCUGCAGCAGCAACUCAUGGAUAUAGGUCCCAAUGAAGCCAAUCUAGGAAUGAGUCCAUUUGGUGGACAUGGACCCCCGCCUCAGUCCCCCUCCUGGCCAGACUCUGCCAUGGGAAUGGACCGACAGCAGAGUAACACAAACAGAGAGCAGUUUGCACACCCCCUGGAUGAGCUACUGGGGCCUCUAACCAACAGCGAGGGCCCAAGUGAUGAACGGGCACUUCUGGACCAGCUGGACUCUCUGCUCAACACUGCUGAUGUCAUAGCUCUGCAGGAAAUAGAUCGAGCUCUCGGCAUCCCUGAAAUAGUACGCCAGCCGCAGGGACCUGAAGGCCACCAGCAGAGCCAGGAUCAGGGCCAGGGCCCUCCAUCAGAGCCUUUCCCAGGGCCGGACUCCUCUAUAGGCAUGGACCAAAAACCCAUGUAUGGCCAGGGCUACCCGGGCCCCCCAGGACCCCCUUCUAUGGGCAUGCAGCCCGGUUAUGGCGGCAACACAAUGCAAGGCCAGUCUCCUGGAGGUUUCAACCCCAUGAUGAAUCAGAUGGGCCAGACAGGGGGCUUCCCAGGGAUGGCAGGUAUGGGGGGUAUAGGGAACCCCCGGCCAAACAUGACGAGACCUCGCAUGAUGACUGCAACCAAACCUCUUCGACUGCAACUACAGCAGAGACUACAGGGACAGCAGUUUAUGAACCAGACACGACAAGGCAUUAAGAUGGAAAAUGCCCCUGGGGGAAACCCUGCCAUGCGUCCAGGCAUGCAGCCGGGCAUGCAGCCUGCAGGCAUGAGCGGUCAGCCUGGUUUCCCAAAUGUUCAGAUGAUGGCUCAGCGCAACAGGGAGAUGAUGACCAUGCAGAUGAGGAGGCAGCGCAUGAUGAUGCUGAUGCAGCAACAGGGCGGUCAGAGUCAGGGGGCAGCAGGAGGCUUCAGUCCUCCUCCUAACGUCACAGCACCAGGAGGUAUGGACAGCCCCAUGGGAGGCCCCCCCAUGAACCAGCCUGGACAGCAGGGCUUCAACUAUGGAGGUAACUAUGGGAUGAACCAGCAGGGGGACCCAUCGUUCAUGGCUCCAGGUAGCAGUCCACCAGGAAAUAUGAUUCCAGGACGAAUGGGAGGUCCUCCACAGAACACCAUGAUGCCAGGGAUGCAAGGAAACCCACAGGGAGGGCACAUGUACCCGUCUGGAGAGAUGAAGGGCUGGCCGCAGGGUGGCAUGGCUCGAAACAACUCAUACCCCCAGCAACAGUUCUCCCAGCAGGGCAACCAGGGCCAGUUUGGACCUAUGAUGAUGAACAACUCCAUGGGUGGACCAGGGCCGGUCAGUGGGGCUGGAGCAGGACAGAUGGCCCAAAUGCAAGGACAGAUGCAGGGCCAAAUGGGCAUGAACCCUAUGGGAAUGGGCAGAAUACCAAUGGGACCUGAUCAGAAAUAUUGCUGAGGAUCUGUGGCUGAAUCUGGACCCUUUCAGCUGUGGCAGAUCAAGCUGGAUACACACACACACACACACACACACACACACACACACACACACACACACACACACACACACACACACACACACACACACACACACUGUAGGAGUUGCCCAGCAUAAAAUGUGACACAGAAGACUCAGCACAACACACUGUUCACCCUGGAGAAAGUGGAGGACUAAUUUGUGCGAGGUUUCACACCUUGCUUAAGCCUUGCACAAACACACACACAUACAUAAAAUAGCUGUGUGUGUGUGUGUGUUUUUCUAUGUGUUCAGGUGACUGACCUGAAGCUGUCGGGCAGUAUUCAGCGUCACAGCCAGGAUGCAGAACAGGACUAUGGUACAACUGGCUGUGGCUGCACUUUACCUGGAGGCUUCUGUGCGGAAAAAAAGAUUGAUGCAAUAUUUCUUCAUCAUUACAGCCUUACUAGAGAUUCAAUGCCUUCACAACAAUGGGUUUCUUCUUCUUCUUCUUCUUUUUUUUCCUAUUUUUAUCCCUUGGAUGCGCCUCAUUCUUAAAAGUCAGUGGAAGCUAUAAGCACACAGUUUACUAUGUUAUGCAGAUCGGAGCAAUAACUCUCGCCUCUAUGCUUUAGACUAUAACUGAGCAUCAUAAUCCCUGUUAAAAGCAAGCUAAUGGUACUGCAGUAUUAGAUGUCUCAUGUCCUUUGUGAAUAUGAAUUGUAAAUAUUCUACAAAAUAUAUCAAACAUGCUUUUUAAAGGCCCAUUCUUGCACAAAGUAUGAGACCUGGUUGUAUUUUUGUGUCCCAUAGGUCAAUACUGAUUUGGUUGAUUAACUGUUUUUUAUGCUUUUCGCAAAUAUUGCAGGCGCGUCUGGGUGUCCGUUCCCCUUGUUUGUCUUUUUCUGAAUGCGUUUUAAUUUUCCAAAAAGUUAUGUAUUUCAUGUUUUAGCAAGGCACUUUUUACUUGUGAUGAGCAUCUGGUGUGUUCAAUGUGACGCCAUCGGACGUUUUAUUGGACGCCGGGGAACGUUUGUUCUUUCAGGACGUCGAGACGCCGACCACAUAAAUGAAAUGAUUUUGUCGGGUUCGGCGUGAGGCGAGCUGUGUGGGGUUUGUCUGCAGUGCGGUGAAGGCGGAACCACAGAUUCCUCAGUUCACCAAGAAGCCUGGUUCUCGCAGUGUUCUCCCGCCGGCUCUGUCUGUCAAGUGUAUCUCCAUUCUCAUCAUGUUCUUUUGACUGUUAUCAACUCGCUGAAUCUACCUUUUCAACAUGCGCAAUCCAAAGAUAUUUUUCCACAUCUGUGUAUAGUUUCUGAGGUUUCUGGUGAACAUUUUUUAUGAUAUGUGUUAUAUUAUUCUGAUGGUAAAUGGGUACACGUGCACAUCUGUAAAAGCGUAGGAUGGUUAUCGACAUGGGAUGGUUUGUUGAACAGUGGGAAGCUAUCGGCGCAGUGUGAAAAGGACUGGAAACUCUCAACCCCACAGCAGAACGUUUUUUACACUCGGAAAAGAAAGCAUGUCUCGCUGUGAUGGAGAAAUACCAAUGGAAUGAAAUCCACUUUAAGACAUAUCAAUAUCUCAUCUAUUUUUCAGGAAAACAACUUAAUUUUAUGUCCAGAUUUUGUUACUUCAGGAAAAAGGAACUUUGUAGAGUUUGAAUGAAGUGCAAAAGAGGCAAGAGAUCAUUUGGUUUGUUUCUGUUUUUUGUUUGGAGGUAAGAUAAGCUGUCAUUUUACAGGAUGUAUAUUACAGAUUUUUUCUGUUGAUGUUAAAAUUUAUGUAAAUACAAAUUUCUAUUUAAACAG